AUGGACACCAAAGGAGCCGAAGAACACACCCCUCCGGCUCCCACCAACACCCACAAACCCGACGAAUACAAUCCAAGCCGCAGCAAAGGCAAAUUCCGCUUCAAAAGCUCAUCACGACACUCAAAAGAAAGCCACAACCCCUCGAGCACAAGACAACACCGCAAACGCCACCGAAGCCACCGCUCCAGGUCCCCCGAAAAGCACAGCAAGCGCCACCGCUCCAACACCCCACCAACCCAAUCCACCAACCAGCCCCACCUAAACACAAACGACGCAUUCCGCGAAUCGCUCUUCGACGCCCUAGGCGACGACGAAGGCGCCGCAUACUGGGAAUCCGUGUACGGCCAACCAAUCCACAACUACAGCGUGCCACACGUACCCAAGGGCCCAGAUGGCGAACUGGAGCAGAUGUCCGAUGAGGAGUACGUGUCGUACGUGCGGACGCGGAUGUGGGAGCGCACGCGCGAAGGCAUGAUCGAAGAACAGGAACGACUACGUGCCGAGCGGAUGAGGCAGAAGAAGAAGGAGGAGAAGGGGCGCAGUGCCGAGGCGGAGAGGAGGGCGUUUGAGAGGGCUAUGGAUGAUAGUUUGCGGCGUGGGGCUGAGAGGAAGAAGCUUAGGGCUUGGGAUGGGGUUUGGAGGGAGUAUAUUGAGCAGUGGGAUGUUAUUGGGCGGGUUGGAAAGGAGGCUGCGCAGGAGGGAGAGGGAGAGGGAGAGGGAGAGGGAGAGCGGGCGCGGGAGAAGAAGGGUUCUUCUAAGCCGUUGCGCAAUUUACUCUUUUGGCCUGUGAGGUCUGGGAAGAGGGCUGAUGUUGAGCCUGGGGCUGUUGAGGAGUUCAUGCGCCAUGCUCCUGGGCUGGAUUUGCUGAGUAUCCUCAAGGCUGAGCGUAUUCGCUGGCAUCCGGAUAAGAUUCAGCAUCGUUAUGGAGCGCUGGGCAUUGAUGAUGUCGUUAUGCGCAGUGUUACCGAGGUCUUUCAGAUCGUGGACCGGAUGUGGAGUGAAGAGAGAGAACGACAGGGCUAG